AUGUCACGCGCCUCGGCUGGCUUUGCAGACUUUUUCCCCACCGCCCCAUCAGUCCUUCAACAGAAGCGCUUCAAAACAGCGCAGGAACGACGGAAAUUACAUGUCGAGGGUGAACAAAUUUCUGAAAGGAUCUCGGAUUGUCCAGUGUCUCUUACCUCGAGCGCGCCCACAACCAUUGAGACGCCUCUCAACCCCAGUACAGACGAAGGGGGAGCUCGCAGCCCGUCGGCCCCUAACGAGCUUGAAUUGACCAUUUCCGCCAAGGCGAAAAGCGUGGAGGAUAGGACUGGGCUACCUCCACCCACGGCAAAUCCCAUCCCAUCACAAAUUGAUACACUGACACCGCUCACCACUGCGGAAUCAUCGCCCCCUUGCAAAGUGACUAGUCCAACACAGCAAAAGAUAGCAGGUGGAGCUUCUCCGGGUACUUCUUCCAGGCCGACUCAUGAAAACACCAAAUCUACCAUCACACCAAUCCACACCCCUCCUACCCCUCAGUCGCAAACCCGACACCUCGAGAUCCGCGUGAGAGGGUGCAAGGUUGUGUAUGACCCCGAUCUCGACAAACGGACCUCGUCGAAGGAAAAACGGAAAAAGCUUGAGUAUGUGGACAUCGUGAAUGAUGGCCAAACAGAUGCGCCACCCGAUCCGCGUCGUGCGAUCGCCAAUUAUACUCGUGGAUCCGGCUGCAAGCAAAAGACAAAAUACCGGCCCGCGCCUUACAAUUUGAAGCCUUGGUCAUACGAUGUGGCAACGAGUAUUGGUCCCGGGCCUCCGAUCCAAGUUGUGGUAACGGGGUUCGAUCCUUUGACUCCCAUCGCCCCGAUCAGCGCGCUUUUCUCGAGCUUUGGAGAUGUGGCCGAAAUCAAGAACCGCACAGAUCCCAUCACCGGCCGAUUUCUGGGGAUCUGCUCCAUUAAAUACAAAGAUAGCACCUCAGCCCGAGGAAAUGGCCCAGCAUCAGCCUCUAGCGCGGCGCGACGUGCAUACUUUGAAUGCAAGAAAGAACAACGCAUUGGCACCCGCAGGAUUCGGGUCGAGCUGGAUCGCGACGGGAUUGUGUCAGACCGCAUGGCCGCGAAAGCAGUGGAGUCCCAGCGACUGGCAUCCAAGAGUACCCUUCCACUUCCGCCUCCAAGUGAACCGAGACCCGAUGUCCAGAUCAAGAAAAGCGAACCACCACCGACGGCGCCCAAGGGUCCCUCAGGCAGGUCAUCUUUACGGCCGGGGGUCGUUAUUCCAGAGGGCCCUAGGGCCGGUGUCCGAUCUCCUGUUGUGCAGUCAUUGGUCGAAGAAACUGCUAUCUUGAGUCAGAUCAAACGCGAUCCAUACAUUUUCAUUGCGCACUGUUACGUCCCGGUCCUUAGUACAACGGUUCCUCACUUGAGGAAAAGACUCAGACUCUUUGCAUACAAACAUAUUCGUUGUGACAAAACCGGCUACUAUAUCAUCUUCGAGAAUUCGCGCCGGGGUGAGGAGGAAACCGAACGCUGCUACCGACUAUGCCAUAUGCAACCCUUGUUCACCUAUAUCAUGAACAUGGAGAGUCAACCUUACGGUAACCCGAACUACGAGCGAAGCCCCAGCCCUGAACGCCUCCGCGCCGAACGGCGAGACAAGGCCGCAAAGGAUCGGACGAGGAAAGAGGCCGACUUGGAUAUCGAGGAAGAGAAAAAGCAGCGGGCACUUGAUUUGGAUCCAUGCCGGGAGGUAUUGUCUAUCAUCAUUCGCGAUCUGAGGGACAAGCUUCUCGAGGAUGUGAAGUCGCGCAUAGCUGCCCCGGCUCUUUACGACUAUUUGGAACCGAGUAAGCAUGCGGCCAAAAGGGAAAAGCUGGGAAUUUCGGACCCCGAAGGUACAAAACGGUCUGUUUUCCAAAUCGACAGCACCCCUGGCUCUCGAGGCGAAAUGUCUGCUGGCCGAGAUCCUCUCAGAUCAUCAAGUCUGAAUAUUCUUGCUCUUCCUCGUAUCCGGAAAGCCCAUGGCCUUGACCAUGCGGGUGCUGCCUUCCUCGACGAACGGCGCAGGCAACCACUACGAAAGAAAGAAGUCCGCCCCUUGUAUCAUCGCUUACAGCAGUUGCACGAUGAUGAGGAUUCGGAUGACGAACAGCGCACUCCUGCUGCCAGAGAUGUCGACGAACGAGAGAGCCGACCCCCUAGUCGCGCAAGUUCAACGUCAUCGGAGGACGGAGGAUACCAGUCAGACGAUUUGGAAUCAUCUCGGGAGAGCGAAGGGCGUGGCGCUGGAGCUGUGGACGAUUUGGAUGCCACAGUUGAAACCGGCGAUCUCUCUCAUGAACUUGUGUUGUCUCCCACAUCGGGCAAGAGGAAGCGAUUGACCGAAGAUGACGAAGCACGAAAGCGACAGCGACAGGAGGAUGAGCUCUUUGGGAUUGACUCGGAAGCAGAUGGACACGAGGGUACAACUAAGGACCUGGAAACGCCUGCGGUUAUCAGCGAUGUUCUCGCAGAUGAUGGCGACAAAUUACCAACGCAAGACCAACCCGCAGACCAUGUUAGUGAGCUUGUCUCUCACACACAUCUCGAGGGUGAUGACCUCUCGAUCAGCGAAACGUGCAAGGCCGAACCGACUGAUGAGCCGAAAACAGAGAUUGAAUGGGGCUUUUCCAAGGAUGAGCCCCGCGCAACGGUGGAAGAUGAUGAAAAUAUUGUGCUCGAUCUGGAUGGUUGGCAAAACCUGGUCAAGGACGACGAGGACCUGCAGUUUUUGCGAGAAGUUCUACUGGAUCAGUCAGAAUCAAUUAUUCGAAAUCUUGCUGCAUGGGGUUGGAAACAAAAAGAGAUCAAAGCUCUCAAUGGCCUGGAAACUGGCACAACCCAGGACGCUAUCAGUAUCCCUGGCUAUUAUGUGCAAAACUCCACCGGAGCUGCGCGGACAGAAGGUCGAAAAAGGAUUAUGGAAGCAGAAAAAUCCAAAUACCUGCCCCAUCGGAUCAAGGUUCAGAAAGCUCGUGAGGAGCGCGAGGCGAAUGCUAAGGCAGACCCUCAGGCAGCAGCAGCAGAAGCUGCCAGAAUUGCAGCCGCCAAAACAAUAUCAAAAUCAACAUCCCGGUCCACACGAGUCAACAACCGCCGGCUCAUUGCAGACAUCAAUGCUCAAAAGCAGGCCCUUCCUACUGCGAGUGGCGAAGGAGACGUUCUUCGAUUCAACCAGCUUAAGAAACGCAAGAAGCCUGUACGCUUCGCUCGCUCUGCCAUUCACAACUGGGGUCUGUAUGCCGAGGAAAACAUCACUGCUAAUGACAUGAUCAUUGAGUAUGUCGGAGAGAAAGUGCGUCAGCAGGUGGCCGAUAUGAGAGAAAGACGAUACCUGAAGAGCGGGAUCGGUAGCAGUUAUCUUUUCCGAAUCGACGAGAACACCGUCAUCGAUGCCACAAAGAGAGGAGGAAUUGCGCGAUUCAUCAAUCACAGCUGUACACCUAACUGCACCGCUAAGAUCAUCAAGGUGGAUGGCAGUAAACGCAUUGUGAUUUAUGCGCUUAGGGAUAUCGAAAGAGAUGAGGAGCUGACGUACGACUACAAAUUCGAACGAGAGUGGGACAGCGAUGACCGUAUUCCCUGUCUCUGUGGCUCGACGGGCUGCAAGGGAUUUCUCAAUUGA